UUGCGCAGACAGGAGGUGGGGCGGGGCCGGAGGCUGGGGUGCCGCCUCCUCCGCAACGCCGGGGCCGGGAGUCUUAGAACCCAGGGCCCGCAGGGGUCCCCACGGCCGCCGUGAUGCAGAAAUACGAGAAACUGGAGAAGAUUGGGGAAGGUACCUAUGGAACCGUGUUCAAGGCCAAAAACCGAGAGACUCAUGAAAUUGUGGCUCUGAAACGUGUGAGAUUGGAUGACGAUGAUGAGGGUGUGCCGAGUUCAGCCCUGCGGGAGAUCUGUCUGCUCAAGGAGCUGAAGCACAAGAACAUUGUCAGGCUUCACGAUGUCCUGCAUAGUGACAAGAAACUGACUCUGGUGUUUGAGUUCUGUGACCAGGACCUGAAAAAGUAUUUUGACAGUUGCAAUGGUGACCUCGACCCUGAGAUUGUGAAGUCAUUCCUCUUCCAGCUGCUGAAAGGUCUGGGGUUCUGUCACAGCCGCAAUGUACUGCACAGGGACCUGAAGCCUCAGAACCUGCUCAUCAACAGGAAUGGGGAGCUGAAGUUGGCUGAUUUUGGCUUGGCUCGCGCCUUUGGGAUCCCUGUCCGCUGUUACUCAGCUGAGGUGGUCACGCUGUGGUACCGCCCACCGGAUGUCCUCUUUGGGGCCAAGCUGUACUCCACAUCUAUUGACAUGUGGUCAGCCGGCUGCAUCUUCGCAGAGCUGGCAAAUGCUGGGCGGCCUCUUUUCCCCGGCAACGAUGUAGACGACCAGCUGAAGAGGAUCUUCCGAUUGCUGGGGACACCAACUGAGGAGCAGUGGCCUGCGAUGACCAAGCUGCCAGAUUAUAAGCCCUACCCCAUGUACCCAGCCACAACGUCCCUGGUGAACGUCGUGCCCAAGCUCAAUGCCACAGGGAGGGACCUGCUACAGAACCUUCUGAAGUGUAACCCUGUCCAGCGCAUCUCAGCAGAAGAAGCUCUGCAGCACCCUUACUUCUCAGACUUUUGUCCCCCCUAGACCCUGGGCUUCCUGCCUGCCAGGCUGGGGCCUGGCCUAUUUAAGCCCCACUCCCAGGAGGGGAGGAACUGUGGGAGGUGCCCUGAGUGCUGCGCCCCAGCUGUGCUGGGUCCAGCUGGGGUGGAGGUGCCCUGGCCUGUGGUCUUUACUCCCUCCAUGGACUUUAUUUAAUUUCAUAAACUGGCUCCUUUCCCACAG